AAAUAAAAUUGACUUAUACAGUAUAUAUAAUUUAUACCACCUCUGUGAAUCCUUCCUUGUCACAACUCACAACUCCUCGCGACUCGUGAGUCAUAAUCUCAAUUCUCAAGUCUCCUCAUCAUCGACCUAUUUUCAUCCUCAAUCAAUUAAAAUCUUUAUCAUUAAUCGCUUUAUCUUUAAGUUUCAUCAUUUCUGCAAAUUUAAACUCACAGGCUCUGUGAAUUGUCCGAUUUUGUCGGAGUGAAUUUCGAGGUUGAUCCACGAUGUUUACACGGAUUUUCGGAAAGCCUAAGCAAGAGGAGAAUGCUGUUGCUACGUUAGACAAGUUGAAUGAGACACUUGAGAUGCUCGAGAAAAAAGAGAAAGUGCUAUUGAAAAAAGCUGCGGCGGAAGUUGAAAAGGCCAAGGAGUUCACGCGAGCCAAAAAUAAAAGAGCGGCAAUACAGUGUUUGAAGAGGAAGAGACUUUACGAACAACAAGUGGAGCAGCUCGGAAAUUUUCAGUUACGUAUACAUGAUCAGAUGAUUAUGCUAGAAGGUGCAAAAGCUACAACAGAGACCGUUGAUGCUUUGAGGACCGGAGCAGCUGCUAUGAAGGCCAUGCAGAAGGCAACGAAUAUUGAUGAUGUUGACAAAACAAUGGAUGAGAUUAAUGAACAGACAGAGAACAUGAAACAAAUUCAAGAUGCACUGUCAGCACCCAUCGGAGCAGCAGCAGAUUUUGAUGAAGAUGAGUUAGAAGCAGAGCUUGAAGAAUUGGAAGGAGCUGAGUUGGAGGAACAGCUUCUUCAGCCUGCUACAACUGCCCCUACUACUUCUGUGCCUAUUCCUGCAGGUAGGCAACAAGUACGUCCAGCUCGUCAGCAGAACACAGCUGAGGAUGAUGAACUUGCUGCAUUGCAGGCAGAAAUGGCACUAUAGAAUGUUCUGAUGAUCAAGAAGAAAUUGUGUAAAGAAUUUAAAGGAUUGAAUGUAAUCUAUUAUGGAGUUCCCAGAUUUCAUUUUCUUAAUGAGCAAUUGCUGGUAUGAGGACAAUGUAUAGACGAUAAUUUCAAGAGAAAAUAUAUUACAUCUUGAAUCUGGUUUCUCUUCUGGUGUUCAAGUUUCUAUUCACAAAAUUUUAAUUAUAUUUUUGAUAUUUUGAUA